AUGAUCAUCAAGGCCUUCAUUCUCUUUUGCUUUCUGGUUUAUGUUCUUCUCAUUUCUAAUUUGGUAGCUGCACGGCAUGAGCCAUCAAAUGGUGAGCUGCAAGUGAGUCUAGCAGAAGAAUCAAAAGCUAGAAUUGCUGAACAUACGAAUGCAACUGGUAUUGGUUAUGGUGGUGGCAUAAAAGAAGGAAGUGGAGAUGGUGAUAGCAACUAUGGGGUAGUUGGAGGUAGAGGCGGUGAUAGUUACGGUGAUGGUAGUAGUGGAAGUGGAGGUAGCUAUGGUGGUGGAGGAAAAGGAGGAAGUGGUGGUGGGAAAGGAGGUAGUGGAGGUGGUGGCAGCCAUGGUGGUGGAGGAAAAGGAGGAAGUAGUGGUGGCGGCGGCAAAGGAGGUAGUGGAGGCGGUGGAAGCUACGGUGGCGGAGGAAAAGGAGGAAGUGGUGGUGGUGGUGGGAAAGGAGGUAGUGGAGGUGGUGGUAACCACGGUGGUGGAGGAAAAGGAGGAAGUGGUGGAGGAAGUAGCGGGGGUGGUGGGAAAGGAGGUAGUGGAGGCGGUGGCAGCUAUGGUGGCGGAGGAAAAGGAGGAAGUAGUGGUGGUGGUGGGAAAGGAGGUAGUGGAGGUGGUGGUAGCCAAGGCGGUGGAGGAAAAGGAGGAAGUGGUGGAGGAAGUAGCGGUGGUGGUGGGAAAGGAGGCGGUGGAGGCGGUGGCAGCUAUGGUGGUGGAGGAAAAGGAGGAAGUGGUGGUGGUGGUGGCGGCGGCAAAAGAGGUAGUGGAGGCGGUGGCAGUCAUGGUGGUGGAGGGAAAGGAGGAAGUGGAGGAGGCAGCCAUGGUGGUGGUGGAAAGGGAGGAAGUGGUGGUGGCGGUAAGGGAGGGAGUGGUGGAGGCAAUUAUGGCGGUGGUGGGAAAGGAGGAAGCGGUGGUGGCGGCGGAGAAGGGAAUGGUGGGAGUAGUGGGGGAGGUGGCCAUGGUGGCAGCGGCGGCAAAGGAGGAAGUGGCAGUGUGGGGGGCAGUGACAAUGGGUAUUAA